AAUAACUAUGAUUUCUUAUAAAGUUUUAAUAACAUUGACAGUGAUAGUAAUAUAUAUUAUAAAAUAUAGUGAUGCUGGUGACAAAGAAUUUAAAGAUUGCUAUGAAAUCUUAUCGAAUUCUGGGCUUAUAAAUAACGGAUUUAUGAAUUACUGUUAUCUUAUGCAAUAUAAAAAUGCUGACGAGUAUAUAAGUGCUGUGAACAAAUGGGAUGUUUGGUUAUCAUAUUUUAAUGAAACUGCAAAAAAAUACUUUGAGUAUGCCAAAGAACAACAAUGUGAUAAGAAUGAUCUUCUAAAGUCUCCAGAGCAAUUUUGUAUUUCUAUCUAUCCACAGAGUAAAGAUGAAUCGAUUUUAGACAAUCCAUACCUCAAUAUCGUGAUGAUAUAUAAAGAAGAGGUUUUACCAGACAACAAAAAAACUCUUCAAAAUAAAACUAAUGAUUUUUUUGAUAAUCAAAAGAGAUACUACAAACAUCUAAAGGAUUAUAUAGAAAAAAUGAGGAAUACCGCACCACAAUUGGACAUAAAACAAUAUUGUAAAAUACAACAUAGUCCCACCGACGAGCUUCUAAAGGAAUAUGACGUCGAUAAAAAUAAUCUUUAUAAAUAG